CCUCCUCGGUCUCGUGCGGGCUGGUGUGGCGCUCGGCGCUCGUGCUCCGCCGCGCGCCCGUGGUGGAAGGACGGCGGGCGCGUGUGGCCUAAACGCACGGAGAGGAGAGGAGAAGAGGCGCGCGCGAUCAGGUUUCGUCUGCUCAAGGAAUCUCCCCAGUGACUCCCAGGAAAGCCAGUGGCCGUAUUAGUGCGGAGCUGUUUUGUCAGAGAAUCCCCAGCGUACCUCAGCGCACCUCAGUGUACUUGUAUUGCUGAAGAAUGGCCGAGGUGUUGCCUCAGCCAGCCUACUUUCCCACAAGGAACCGUCUCCCUCCAGUACUGAGAGCAGCAGGACGUCCCAGGAGAGCCACCUGGAGGACACAGCCUGACCGAUCUGAGACGUUACCGGGGCUGGAGAGGAGACCCGCCGUUCUCAGAACUUCAGAAGCUCUGCACCCACUGAACCAAGAACCUGCACCCACUAACCCCAAGGACCUGAGUAUCAAGGAAGUGCUUUAUGAGGAAGACUUUGCUGCUCAUUGGAAGGACUUCCAUACAAGAUAGAAGAGCCAGAUUUGGAUUAUAACUUGGACAGCAGUGGCUGAAAAUUUCCUGGAGCAGGUUCUCGUUUCCUGUUUACUGAUACAUGAAGAUUUCAAGGUUUAUCCAGCGCUGAAAAUUGUGCUAUUUUCAUUGAACUUGUUAACUGUUACAUCAUUUGACAGUCUUGAAAAAACAAAUCCCAGGCAUUUCAUACAUCCAGAGGUUCUUUCCCUAUUUUAUGGAGGUCUCACAUUGUCCACUGAGCCCUCGGGAGCAAUCUGGAGAUCCAGAACACCCUCAACAUGAGUCUUCUCACAACAGUCCCCAGCCAACAUCUUCCUCAGAACAACAGCAAGCAGCCCAUUCUCAGCAGCAGCAGCAUGAACCAUCUCAAGCUAAACAGACAAAGCGACCUCGUCAUGAGAGGAAACGUCUCAGGCUACAGAAAAAAAAUGUGCUGGAAAUGGAGACUCUUGAAGGAGAUGCAUCAACAUGGGCUCCUGGAACGUCUGAAGACAACAUGGGAGUUUCUGGUGAAAAGCCCACUGAGGUCUCAGCCUCAUCAGUGCCAGCACAAGCCUGUUCCAUGGAGACCCAAGAAAGCACCCUGAAGCAGAAACGUGCGCGCAAACCUCAGAAGCCAGGGAAGUAUGUCUGCACCUACUGUGGUCGUGCCUGUGCCAAGCCUAGCGUUCUGCAGAAACACAUACGUUCCCAUACAGGAGAGAGGCCCUAUCCUUGUGCACCAUGUGGUUUUUCCUUCAAGACUAAGAGUAACCUUUACAAGCACCGGAAGUCCCACACCCAUAGAGUGAAAGCUGGUCUGACCACUGGAAGGGAGGGACAAGGCGGAAGCUGUCAUGAGGAGCCAGUUACAGAAUCGGAUGAAGAUACUGGUCACCCAUCUUCAUCCUUUACUCUUAAGAAUCAAGGUAUGAUACCCUCUCAAAUAACCUGCACAGAAGUGUCCCCCGAAGGGCAAUCCCAAGGAAUGGAGGAUUCCCAUGCUGUCAAAAAGAGACUAGCUAUGAGGCUUAGCAGAGGAAGACGUGCUCCUUUGGGGUCAUCUGAUGAGGCCUCCUCAUCAUUUGGGCUAGGCAGCAAGGGUAGUACAGAAUCAGGCUACUUUUCUCGCUCUGAAAGCACAGAAGUCUCCCAAGAAAGUCCACCUAACACGAGUGCCAAAAGCUAUGCUGAGGUAAUUCUUGGCAAAUUUGGCCGCCUUGGGAAUUUACAGAGAACCGCUCGACAACAGCAUGAACACCCUUCAGGGCAAGAAGAAAGGAGCAUUCCUUUCGCAGUGCCUAAAAAGCAAGUCAUUGACCACAUCACCAAACUCAUCACCAUCAACGAAGCAGUGGUAGACACAAGCAAGAUUGAUAGUGUCAAGCCCAGAAGGUUUUCUCUCUCCAGGAAGAGCAGCACUGAGUCAAAGGCAUCUCUUUCCAAAGAAACACUUCUUCAAAGUGCAAAAGAAAUUAGUUCAAAAAGUAGUGGGUCCAUCACUCUUGGGGUUCCAUGUGAGAAAUUCCAGCACCAAUCCGUCAAUGUCAGUCAGCCGGCCGACCCUUCAUCCACUGCUCCUCUUAUGCGAAGUCAUUCGUUACCAUCGGAUGCAAGUGCUGCGUCCACUGCUUGUUCACGUAGCCUUCGACUCAGCCAGUCAUUUGAAGAACAACAGCCAGCUCAUAAUAGGCGUCAUGGUAUGCUGAGACGCCAGCCUGCCAUUGAGUUACCCAUUGGUGCUGAAAUUAAUACUGAGGAACAGCCUAGUCCCAGCUCAUCAUUUCACCCCUCAAUCCCUACGGUGCCUGACUGCAAGCAAAAACAGCUAGAACCAUUUGAGUGUGAAGCAUGUGGUGUUGCUUGUAAAAGCUGGGAAAACUAUAAAACACACAAGCACCAUCACUGCUUGGGCCGUCUGUCUCACCAACUUGAAAUUCCCACAGAGGAACAUGGAAUAUUUUAUAAAGCCCGACCUGGUGCUUUAGCAAUGCGAAAGAGGAGAAAGGAAGAUAGUCUUGAACUUGAUGAUCCUGCCUUACCAUCAGUUGCCUUGCCAUCCACUUUUGCACCAUCGCAAGCAUAUACUGCAGCAUGUGAAAAGUCCAUUACAGAGUCUAUUGGGUCAUCCCAAGCCAAUGAGAAGGAGAGUGCUUUAAAAGGAGUGUCAGUGAUACAGCAUACUAGUUUAUUUGACAAACAGGAACCCACUCUAAGAAGCCAAGGUACUUAUGAGGCUUCUAUAGACAAACCUCCUUCUCAUGAUGGUCACCACACAUCUCACGCAAAGGAACAGAUGCCAACAAAGCCAGCAUUCCGCAAGCUUGUACGUCAACACAACGUUCAAGUGCCAGAGAUCCUGGUCACAGAAGAUACAGACAUGCCAGUGUCGCCCCGUCCAGACAUUUCUGAAAUUAAAGAGACUGAAAAAAUAGGAGAUUUCCAAUGGCCCCAAAGAAGCCCAACAUUGGCCCAGCUUCCAAUUGAGAAGCUGCCACCGAAAAAGAAACGACUUCGUCUUGCAGAGGCAGCCCAGUCAUCUGGAGACUCUAGUUUUGAAUCGCUAUCUCUGCCUCACAGUCCAAGUCAGGAUAGCUCCUUAUCACACACAUCCAGUCAGUCCACUUCACUUGAGGAACCUGUCAAAAGUGAUGAAAUGUUGUCAUCUAGAAGGUCAAGAGCCCUUCACACAUUGGCAAUCCCCACAGGUCCGCACCACCCACACCGAGAGAUGCGACGGUCUGCUUCUGAACAGGCACCCCAUAUUCCUCAGCAGACAAACCCCAUAGUUGAAGCCAGGAGUAAGUCCUUUGAUUAUAGUUGUCUCUCACCUGAUCGGACUCCUGCAGGCUGGAGGGAAAGGCGAAAAUGCCUUCUGAUAAGGCACUCUGCUGUAAAAGAACCAGAGGAAGAGGAUAUAACCCCAAAAGCUGUUCUUAGUGUAAACUCCUCCCCUCCAAGGACAGGCAUAUCCCCUAGGCAAAGCCCUGGCACUUUUCAAUCUCUUGGGCCUUCUACAUCCCAAAAUGUCUCUUUAGGCAAUAUAGUCCAUCCGCUAUUUGCUCACAAACAUGUCACCCAGUGGCAGCUAAAUCAGCCUCCUGGAAUUUCAGAGAACACCAUGGCUAUUCAAAAGAUCCCACAUAAUGUGUUGCAGGUAGCCCCUACGACUAACACAGACCAGUCUGAAGCCAGGGAAAGUCCACAGUGUCCAUCAGGUGCUGCAAGAGCUCAUUACUCCUCAGUGUCCACAGGUCUUAAGCUUAAGAUUCCCAUGGAGGACAACAUUGAGGAGUCAACUGCAAAUGCUCACGUGGUACACCUUUCCCAUUAUCAUCACUACCAGCAUUCCCAUCUCGAGAUUACUCCAAGCCAUGAGCUGUUGAGUCCUCGUGGAAUGCAGAGAGUACCAGUUCGUCUUCAUUCAGACUUACCACUUCAUGUCAACACUGUUUACACUACUCUGUCACAGAAAAGGUCUCAGGAUCCAAGCUGCUCCGAUGUAAGACUGAAUACCGUAGCAUCUAAUUUUGAUGUAAAAGAGCAACGGUCAGUGCCAGAGGGAUCCAUGUCCUCAGGUUCGGGAGGGAAUAAACGAGUUCUGUCCCCUACAAGCAGUGUGGAGCUCAGCCACGAUAGUCAGCAACAGAAAAGGGUGAAGGAAGAGGAGGAUGAGAAUAAUGAACAGAGCAACUCAAAUAGUUUGACUGCCAGCAACAAAGAAGAACGUGUAUUAAGUGCUCAAUGUAUAAUUUCCCCCAUAAGCAACAAAGAAACGCAGUUUCCUUCUCUUCACACAAACCCAACAUCCAGCUGGUGCUAUCUGAACUACAUUAAGCCCAAUCCAUCUGCCCAAAGCGACAACCAGAAUUCAGUCUAUUCUUCUUGGAGCGUAAGCACUCGGAAUCCAAAUCCUCCAGGCCUAACCAGCAAGGAAGUACUCUCCCUGUUGUACUGCAAGCAAAGGCAUUCUCCUUUCACCUACACUAUGGCAGCCAUGCCUGCUUCCACAGUGGGGAAACCAGAGGUACCUGAUCCCCGGAAACCCGAGGAGUCUGAGGUACACGCCCCUCAGCCCAAUGACCGCAUAGAGGUCCAGCAAGCUGAGCCAACUGUGAAAGAAGAACCACCAAAGGAGGAGGGAGAGGAGGAAGCAUGGUCUACCUCUAAAUGCAGUGAAAUCCCUCGAGUACAGAUCUGCGAAGGAGGAUACAGGUCGAACGAGGAGUACGUGUACGUUCGGGGACGCGGUAGGGGGCGCUACGUGUGCGAGGAGUGCGGGAUCCGCUGUAAGAAGCCCAGCAUGCUGCGGAAGCACAUCAGGCUGCACACGGACGCUCGGCCCUACGUCUGCCAGCACUGCAACUUCGCCUUCAAAACCAAAGGGAACCUCACCAAACACAUGAAGUCGAAGGCUCACGGUAAGCGCUGUCCCGAGGGAACCGCUCCGGGCCCUGUGCAGUGUGAACCGGAGACUGAGGAAGGAGGUGGAGGGGAGCACUCUGUUUUGCCCGAGGUCACCGAGGAGCACCAGUUCUCCGAUGUGGAGGACACAGACGAGGAAGAGGAUGAGGAUAACGAGGAAGGUGACGAGGAGGCGUCUCGCUCCUCUGCCUCCUCUGUGAGCAGAUCUCUCUCCAGCGAAGAUCCAGGUUCCCAAGCCAGUCCUGUUCUUUUGCCUAAGGCACAAGAACCCAGUGUGAGUCCGGCGAGGCCAAGCAAGCCUAUUAGAGCCGUUUCUCCAAACCUGUCUCAGUACGUAGAGACCCCCGUCGUAGGGGUGCCCUCGUCCCCCCUCUGCAGUUUCUCUCCCGGCCUGCAUUUAUCCCCCGCUCUGCCCCGCUCUCCAGGCCGGGACACGUCCCCUCUGCACUGCCUCUCUCCCAGGCUCAGCCUCUCUCCGGCCCCCUGCCAGUCCUCUCUGUCCCCGUCUAGCCGUCCGGUCUCACCGUUAUCGGCAAGACACCUGUCCCCGGUCCGAGCCCUGUCCCCCAUACGGCCUGCGUCUCCUAGCGGUCCGCUGAGCUCCGUCGUCGGGGCCAGUGUGAGCGUCCAACAAAGACCCUACAGACACAGAGAUCCAGUCAAGUCCUCGCCCAGCAGGUUCAGCCUCAAGACCAAGCUGGAGAAGAUGUGUAGUCCUCAGAGGAGGGGGUAUCAGCCCUCCCCUCCUCGCGGACUCCUGUCCAGGAACGGGACGGCCAGAGAAGGCCAACGGGUGCUGAGCCACCUGCCCCUGCACUCCCAGCCGCUGACCCCGAGCGCCUGCGCCAGCCUUAUGAUCCCCAUAGGGGGAAUCCAGAUGGUCCAGUCCCGCUCCGGCCUCCGGCCAGGCCUCAACUCGGCCCAGAAGACCCAACCCGCGCUGCGUAAGCAGAAGGAGGUGAAGGGGAGUCCUUCGGAUCAGGAUCAUCAGCGUGGGUCUGCGCGUGGAGAGCACGAAGACAAGAAGAGGGAUGCUCCUAGCGUUCCCUUGACAACGUGGAAGUGUAUCUCUCAGAGGAAGGAGAGGAAGCGCAUGGACAGGGCGACCGCCUGCCGCACCAGCCCUCUCACGCACUUCCACAGAAGCACUUUGAUCAAGCAGAACACGUCGACAGACAGUGUAGCAACGCCCAAGAGCACUUGGAGUGAAAGGGCCUCGUCCUUCUCGAGCGCCAGAGAGAACUCGAUCAGGGAGAGGAGCCUGGUCUCAGUGCCGGGGGCAAACGCAGCCAAGGUGGACAGAAUACCCUAACACAGGGCCAUUCACUUUCAGCCCUGGAGGGCUGGAGUCCAGCGCAGGGUGCUGCUUUUCCUCCUCAGGCACGACGGGUUCUUCUCAUCUGGUGUUGGUCUUACAGGGUUAAUAUUCAUAAGCGCUUAUGAGAUCACAACUGGGGACAGCUAUGAGAAAUGUUGGGCUAAAUAUGGAAAGCAGAGUUAUUAGAGCUGGAACUAGUUAUUACGUCACGGUUUCAGUGUAUAUCUCAAUAUACUGUGGGGUCCAAAACUCCGAGACCGCUUUGAAAAUCUUUGAUUUGUUUUACUUAAACUUGGAAAUGAGCAACAGAACAUUUAAGAAUUUUGAAAACAGAAAAAUAAAGAAAAGCUAAGAACAAAUAUUCAGGAUUCUGCACGAUGUCGGAAAGGAAAGGAAAGGAAAACUGAAUUUCUGUACUUGCAAAAUAAAAAAA